AUGCCAAGUCAUAUUGGCCAUUUAAAAUGUUUGCAAAACUUGAGUAAUUUCAUUGUGGGGCAAAAGAGCGGGCCGGGGAUUGGAGAAUUGAAGGAACUUUCAGAUAUGAAGGGAACACUUACAAUUUCACGGUUGCAGAAUGUGAAAUGUGGCAGGGAUGCAAGAGAAGCCAAUUUGAAGGACAAGAUGUACAUGGAGAAGUUAGUGUUGGCUUGGGAUUGGAGAGCAUGUGAUAUUAUACAAGAUGGAGACAUAAUUGAUAAUCUUCGGCCACAUACAAACCUAAAGAGACUCUCUAUUAAUUGUUUUGGUGGUUCGAGAUUUCCGACAUGGGUAGCAAAUCCUUUAUUCUCUAAUCUCCAGACCCUAGCGCUUUGGGAUUGUGAAAAUUGCUUAUCAUUGCCACCACUUGGGCAGCUACCCUCUCUUGAACACUUACGGAUCUCAGGAAUGAAUGGAAUAGAGAGGGUGGGCAGUGAGUUUUAUCAUUAUGGGAAUGCUUCUUCCUCCAUUGCAGUUAAGCCUUCCUUCCCAUCCUUACAAACUCUAACAUUUGAGUGGAUGCACAAUUGGGAGAAAUGGUUGUGUUGUGGAUGCAGACGUGGAGAAUUCCCUCGUCUCCAGGAGCUUUAUAUGCGGCACUGUCCCAAACUCACUGGGAAAUUACCAAAACAGCUUCGAUCCUUGAAGAAACUUGAAAUUGCUGGAUGUCCACAGCUGCUUGUGGCUUCACUCAGAGUUCCUGCAAUCAGUGACUUGUGGAUGGGCAAUUUUGGUAAAUUGCAGUUGAAAAGGCCAUCUAGUGGCUUCACUGCUCUUCAAACCUCACACGUUAAAAUUUCAAACAUCUCUCAGUGGAAGCAACUACCAGUGGGAGUGCAUAGCCUCUCAAUUACAGAAUGUGAUUCUGUGGAGACUCUAAUAGAAGAGGAACCGCUCCAGAGCAAAACUUGUCUUCUCAAAAAAUUGGAAAUCACAAAUUGUUGUUUGUCUAGAUCCUUGCGCAGAGUUGGUUUACCCACUAAUGCAUUGGAAUUACUAAACAUCUCUCACUGUUCCAAGCUAGAGUUUCUCCUACCUGUGUUGUUGAGAUGCCACCACCCUUUCCUCGAAAAUAUAUACAUCAGAGAUAACACCUAUGAUUCUCUUUCAUUAUCCUUCUCCUUAAGCAUCUUCCCAAGAUUGCGUUGUUUUGAAAUCAGUAAGCUUCAGGGGGUUGAAUUCCUCUAUAUCUCCAUUUCAGAGGGGGAUCUCACAUCUCUUAAUUCUUUGAAUAUCUCACGGUGCCCUGAUGUUGUAUAUAUUGAAUUGUCGACUCUCGACCUAGCAAGUUAUGAGAUCUCCGGAUGCUUGAAGCUCAAGUUAUUGAAGCACACCCUCUCAACUUUGCGGUGUUUGAGGUUAUUUCAUUGUCCAGAAUUGUUGUUUCAGAGGGAUGGCUUGCCCUCCAACCUACGUGAACUUGAAAUUUCAUCCUGCGACCAACUCACAUCUCAGGUGGACUGGGGUUUGCAAAGAUUGGCCUCUCUUACAAGAUUCAAUAUCAGGGGUGGAUGCCAAGAGGUUCAUUCUCUUCCCUGGGAGUGCCUACUGCCCUCCACAAUUACCACUCUCAGAAUUGAAGGACUUCGAAACCUCAAGUCUCUAGACAGUAAGGGGCUUCAACAACUUACCUCUCUCUCAAACUUAUACAUUGGCGACUGCCCUGAGUUCCAAUCCUUUGGAGAAGAGGGGCUUCAACAUCUCACCUCCCUUAAAACAUUAUCCAUUAGCUGCUGCCCUGAGCUCAAAUCUUUAACAGAAGCAGGUCUUCAACACCUUAGCUCACUUGAAAAAUUGCUGAUCUUCGACUGCCCGAAGCUCCAAUACCUGACGAAAGAGAGACUGCCAAACUCCCUCUCUUCUCUGGUUGUUUACAAAUGCUCUUUGCUGGAAGGUCGCUGCCAAUUUGGGAAAGGCCAAGAUUGGCAGUAUGUAGCUCACAUUCCACACAUAAUCAUCAACGAUGUGUUAUACUGAUGAAGAUGGAAAUAUAUCAAUGUCAAUCAGGUACUUGUUCCAUACUCAAAAUAACUUCCUUUAAAAUAAAAAAUGAUGUGGCAAUUAUUAAGUUUAUGCUUCAAAAUUUCUUAUCAUCUCUAUAGUGCUUCCUUGUUCUCUAUAAGGUUUGGUUGAUUUGGCUAUGGUCAUAAAGGCAUGGUGCCAAGCAGCUCUCAGGAUAUUCUAAGUGACUUGGUCUUCUUGAGCCUCAAUCAUGAUUUAUGGUUAGUGAAAUAUUUUAAUUCUCUUUGAUCCUUUGUCAUGAUCUAUUAUGGAUUUGUACUUGUAGAGACUUCAUUUUCGACUUCCCGAUGGACCAACAGUGGAGACCUCACAAGUUUUUCUUAAUCAUGACUGCAUCAUUUUGUAGGUUCUCGUUUGGCUAAUACUUUCCAAUAGUUAAAGCAUUUGUGCAGUGAUGUAUAUCAUGCUUUAUGUCAAUUUACAAAAAAAUUGUUAUAAGGGAUCUUCCAGAUGGAAGGUGGAGUGAGGAAGAUGUCGUUGUUUUAGUGCCCCGACUCAUUGUUCUUAUUGAACGCAAAGUAUCUUAAUGGUACUGCCUGCUCAAAUUUUACUGAGAUUGCUCUGUUUUUGUUGGGCAAUCUGCACCUACUGGAGACAGUAUUCACUAUGGUUCUACUUGUAAGCGGGGAGAGAUCACCUGAAUGAUAGUUGAUACCACACCACCAAUUAGCCACUGUCAAAAGGCAAGGAUAUGGGAAUGCAUCUUCUUUGUUAUGUACUUAGCAGGACUUAUUUCUUUUCUUUGUUUUUUUUUGCCUAAUUUUGAUCUCAUACAGUUCUUGUUUGGUGUUUCUUAGGUCUUGGCUAUGAUCAGAAAUUUCCAUGUACGGUAUGUUGCUGUUGAAAUUUCCAAGCCACACUUUUUAGGACCAUGAGGCCCAUUCAGGCUCUCAUUGUUUAUCUCAGGAGAUUCAGAUGUUUGUUUGAAAAGAAAAAUACCAAAGUUCAAGUGAAGGUUUAUACAUUUGAGAUUCCCAUGAAGAAUGUUGGUACUAUUUGAAGAGGGUGGUAGACUACCACUCCCUCAUUCAAGCUUCCAAAUUUUGUAUAGGAAAGAUGAUGUUGUAUUGACCUUCUUCACUUCUUCACUUCUUCAUGCAAUGAAAAUUUACUUCUCUUCUAUA